AUGGGUAUGGACGACCGAGACGUGGAACGUGCCUGUAAAAGGAUACGUCUGCAAUCACCGGAGCCAGACAUUAUUUGUGAUAAUUUCGAAGAUUUCUUGUUGUCAGAUUCUAAAUCGGUUCUUCAGCUCAAGUGCGACAACGCUUUCUCUCCAAGCAUCUUGGAACCUACAGCACAGAAUAAAGACGAAACGAGGCUUAACAGCGUAGACGAGGUACAGGGCGAAGACACUGUUCGCCAUGUCUGCCUUGGAACGAUAAUCCUGGAGGCCACAUCGUCAUUCUUUAAGGACCGAGAAGAGUCAGAAACCCCAGUCGAUCUGCGAGAGUGUGGAACUAUCAUCAAGCUGAAUACGGUAGAGACGGGUGCAUACGCGGGCAUCCUUAAGGUCUCAUUUCCAUCGGACUUAUUACACCGCCCUUCGGUAAGGCUCAGCGCUCUGUUGACAGCCCCAGCAUUGCUUCGAGUCAUAAUAUCCAGCCCUAUCGAAGAAGCAUCCCAAAUUGGAGAUCAACUAUCUAAUAACGACCUUUUCCUCCAACAUCCAUCACCCCACGACAUCAAAUACUUUGAGCUGGAGAUGGAAUACUUCAAUCCACAUUACCUCAUUACCCCGGGAUCUCGUAUGCCGCAAUUGGAAGAUCUUGCCAUCGAAUACAACGAGAGUACAUCUAAUUCUUCUCUGGCCUUAGACGAGAAGAAGAAAGGUCAGCUCAUUGGUAUUUUUGAUACAGCGGCUGACCCUUCCAUCCGACCCACAACUGAACCAAGUCUGCGUUUACAGACUCAUCUGAAAGAGUGCGCACAAUCGCCUCCUUCUUUUUUCCACGAGUAA